UUUCCGUAAGUGGCUCGGAAGCGCACACAAGUCACACCUGCCUGGGCGGGCAUGAAGAGGAAGAGGCCUGUUAAAGCUUAAUGGGGUAAUUGAGGGGACAAAUUUUAUGGGGACAGUUUCCAUAAUGUAUGCUCCGCAUGAGUAGAAUCAAAGAGCCGUUUCCUUGUUUAGCCAUCCAAACUCCAAAGGCGUCUUCUUCCCCGCGCUCUACGCUUCCCCCAAAUCCCCUCCCAUGUCUCCUCACGUAGCACGCCAUGAAACCCUUCUUCCCAUCUCUAACCACCACCCUCUUCAAAUCUCUCUCCUCCUCCCCACCCAAACCCUAUCUCCGCACCAUCUCCUCUCUCGCGCCACUCUCACACACCUCCCGCUUCGCACCCCAACAAUACCUUCACCUCCUCGACUCGUGCAUCGACACCGAACACCUCAUCCUCGGCUCACAGAUCCACACCCGAAUCCUCAUCUCGGGCCUUCGCGACGACUCCUUCCUCUCCGCGAAGCUCAUCGCCUUGUACUCUCUUUGUGGUGAUCUUAAGACCUCUGUUUCCAUCUUUGAUGAGUUCCCCAGUUGCAACGUGUUCCUCCUCAACGCCAUGAUCAGAGGUUACUCCUCCAAUGGGUUGUAUCACGAAGCCGUCGAUUUGUUUCAUCGUAAGAGGAAACAAGGAAUUAAACCCGAUUCGUAUACUUUUUCGUGCGUUCUCAAGGCGUGCGCUUCAAUUUCGGACCUUUCACAAGCGAAAGAGCUCCAUGAAUUGGCUGUCGAAUGUGGGUUUGGUUCAGAUUUGUUUGUUUGUAACGCAUUGAUUUGUGCGUAUGCUAAAUGUGGGAGUUUGGAGGAUAGUAGCAAAGUGUUUGAUGAAAUGCCCCAACGAGAUGUUGUGUCGUGGAACUCUAUUAUUUCGGCUUAUGGGUUUGAAUUGGAGGCUGUGCAGAAAGUGAAGAUGAUGUUUCGGUCUGGUUUAAAGCCGGAUCAGGUUACUAUCAUUAGCAUCUUAUCAUCCUGUUCUACUACUAUAGUUGUUAGGGAAGUGCAUGGAUAUGUUUUGAGAAUGGGAUUUGAGAACACCUCCGUGGUUCAAAACGGACUAAUUUCUGCUUACGGGACGUGCAGUAGAGUUAUUGAAGCUCGUAGAACUUUUGAUAGCUCGAGCUUAAAGGAUCGAGUUACAUGGAAUGCAAUGAUCUCUGUCUAUGCUCAGAAUUUGUUAUUUGAAGAGAGUAUGCAGCUUCUUAGAGACAUGAAGCUGCAUGGUUUUGAUGUUGAUGUAGUAACCUAUAGUGGGAUCAUAUCUUCCUUUUCUCAGAAUGAUUUAUCUGAUAAAGCAAUUACGGUCUUUGCGGAAUUGUUAAGCACUGGAUUGAAGCCGGAUGUUGUAGCAAUUGCGAGUGUUCUUCCAGCAAUUUCUGGUCUUUCUUGUUUAAAUUACUGCAAAGAAAUCCAUGCUCACUCUCUCAGGCAUAAGUUAGAACCUGAUCGAAGGGUUCAAAAUGCUCUCGUUUCAGUCUACAGCAAACAUGGUGAAAUCCAAUGUGCCGAACAAGUGUUUAAGGCAACUGGAGAUAGAGAUGUGAUUUCGUGGAGCUCAAUGGUUGUGGGUUAUGCACAGAACCAAUAUUUUGUUGAAGCCCUUAAUACCUUCAGGGAAAUGGUAAGGGCUAAAACUGAGCCGAACUCAAUUACGAUCACAAGUGUUCUUUCAGCCUGUGCAGGUGUCUCUGGGCUAAGGCUAGGGAAAGAACUCCACUUGUGGGCGAUAAAGAACAUAUUUGAAGACCACUCCUUUGUAGGGGCUGCUUUGAUAGACAUGUAUGCGAAAUGCGGAAGGAUAGUGGAGUCUAGAAGAAUGUUUGAUCUAGUAAAAGACAAGAACGUGGUUGCUUAUAAUGUGAUGAUUGGAGCUUAUGCUUUCCAUGGUCAAGGAGAAAAUGCACUUGAAAUGUUUAGAACUUUAGAAGAGCCCGACCACGUCAGUUUCAUCGCGGCCUUGUCGGCUUGUAGCCAUGGGGGAUUGGUUAACGAAGGCAUGGAGAUAUUCAACAGCUUGAAGAACUUCACAGUUAGCCCUAGAGAAGGGCAUUAUGCUUUAAUUAUGGACUUGCUUGCACGCGCGGGGAGAUUAGAAGAAGCUCUCGACUUAAUAGGGACAAUGCCGACGAAGCCUAGUGUUGAGAUAUGGGGAGUGUUGCUUGGAGCAAGCAAAGUACACAAUAAUUUGGACAUCGGAGUAUAUACGGGAGCUCAGAUACUCGAAUCGAAGAGUGUUAGUUCAGGGUAUUACGUGCUGUUAUCGAACAUGCUUGCAGAGUGUGGGAGGUGGCAGGAUGUGGAGGUGAUGAGGGAGAUGAUGAAGGAGAAGGGAGUGAAGAAGUGUGUUGGAUUUAGUUGGAUAGAAUUAGAUGGUGUAGUUCAUUCUUUUGUGGCCAAGGGAGGAGCACAGUAUCCUGAGGGGGAUGGCUUGUUCUUUGUAUUGAGUAUAUUAAAUGAGCAUAUGAAAGAAAUGAGAUCAUAGGAGAGUACUUGAAUCUGGAGCUCGACUCGACUUUAUCAAAGUUGUGAAGCUAUUUCAGAAGUUAGGCCAAACAAUGAUAAAGAUCGAUAUUCAUAACGCUGCCACCGAAACCAGCGUCAGUGUUGUGAUCACGGUGGAGACGGAUGCAGGGUUGGGCUUACCGGAGAGUGUGGUUGCGGCGGUCGACCUGAGUUCUCGCAGAGACGAAGGCGGUGAAC